AACACGGACACCGAUGAACGCUGUUGUGUGUACAAGUUAUAAAGUGUGCCGCUUCCUUCCCCGCCUCCAACGUCUUUUACCCCUGAGAACAAUGUCUUCCAACCAUUGCCAACCCAUAGUGGUCAGUGGCCCUUCAGGAAGUGGGAAGAGUACACUCCUCAAUCAACUAUUUACAGAAUUCCCGGACAGUUUCGCCUUUAGUGUAUCACACACAACACGAAAGCCACGCCCAGGAGAGGUGGAAGGAAAAGACUAUCACUAUGUAGCGCUAGAACUCUUUGAAGAAAUGAUUGGGAAGGGUGAUUUCUUGGAGCAUGCUCAGUUCUCAGGAAACAGAUACGGAACAAGUAAGCAGUCAGUUAGAGACAUUGAGAAGACAGGAAGGAUUUGUAUACUAGAUGUGGAAAUCAACGGCGUAAAGAGUAUCAAGAACACAGAUCUGAACCCAAGAUAUGUUUUUCUAAAGCCGCCUAGUAUGGAAGUCCUGAAGGAGAGACUGAAGGGAAGAGGUACAGAAACAGAACAGAGUCUUCAAAGGCGACUAGAUACGGCACAGGAGGCGCUCGAUUAUGCCAAUGAGGACGGUGCAUAUGAUCAUGUGAUAGUGAACGACAACCUAGAUACAGCUUAUAAACAACUAAAAGCAAUAGUGAAUGAUGAUGUCGAGAAGAUGAAAAAGGAAAGAUUAAAAGAGGAGAAGUAAACAAAGAAUAGAUAAAAAAAGAAAACAAAAAAUCUUCAGCCUGGGAUUAAAAAAAUAUUACUAAUUUAUUGAAGACUCUUUGAAGGAUGUUGGAGAUUUUGGACAAUUCUAUUGGGAAGGGUGUUAGAAUAGAGAUUUUGGAUAGUUCUUUGUAUAUAAAGGAU